UCAAGACGCAAAAUGCCGCCAAAAAAGAAAACUGAUUUAGAUGAUCUUAAACAAGAGCUUGAUAUCGAUUAUCACAAGAUCACACCGGAGGAACUGUACCAGCGACUACAGACACAUCCGGAGAAUGGUCUGAGUCAUGCAAAAGCCAAGGAGAAUUUGGAACGUGAUGGACCAAACGCCCUGACCCCACCCAAACAGACGCCCGAAUGGGUUAAGUUCUGUAAGAAUCUCUUCGGCGGUUUCGCUCUGCUCCUGUGGAUCGGUGCCAUCCUCUGUUUCAUCGCUUAUUCGAUUCAGGCCAGUACCGUUGAGGAACCGGCUGAUGAUAACCUGUAUCUCGGAAUCGUGCUGGCCGCUGUCGUGAUAGUUACCGGCAUCUUCUCAUACUACCAGGAAUCGAAAAGUUCGAAAAUUAUGGAAUCGUUCAAGAACAUGGUGCCGCAAUUCGCUACCGUGCUGCGUGAGGGUGAGAAGCUGACGCUGCGCGCCGAAGACCUGGUCAUCGGUGAUGUCGUAGAGGUCAAGUUCGGCGAUAGGAUACCGGCAGAUGUUCGCAUCAUCGAAGCGCGUAACUUCAAGGUUGACAACUCGUCGUUGACUGGUGAAUCCGAGCCUCAGUCCCGUGGACCCGAUUUUACUCAUGAUAACCCAUUGGAAACGAAAAAUUUGGCCUUCUUCUCGACCAACGCUGUUGAAGGAACUGCUAAGGGUGUUGUCAUCAGUUGUGGUGAUCAUACCGUGAUGGGACGUAUUGCUGGUUUGGCUUCGGGUCUGGAUACUGGUGAGACUCCAAUCGCUAAGGAAAUUCACCAUUUCAUUCAUCUGAUCACGGGUGUCGCUGUGUUCCUCGGUGUGACUUUCUUCGUCAUCGCAUUCAUCCUCGGAUAUCACUGGCUGGACGCUGUCAUCUUCCUGAUCGGUAUCAUUGUCGCUAACGUACCGGAGGGUCUGCUGGCCACUGUCACUGUGUGUCUGACGCUCACUGCCAAACGUAUGGCUUCGAAGAACUGUCUGGUAAAGAAUCUGGAAGCCGUAGAGACGCUCGGCUCGACCUCGACUAUCUGCUCGGAUAAGACUGGUACGCUGACCCAGAACCGGAUGACCGUUGCGCAUAUGUGGUUUGACAAUCAAAUCAUUGAAGCCGAUACCACUGAGGAUCAGAGUGGUGUGCAGUACGACCGCACCAGCCCCGGAUUCAAGGCCUUGUCUCGCAUCGCUACACUGUGCAACCGUGCCGAAUUCAAGGGAGGCCAGGACGGUGUUCCAAUUCUGAAGAAGGAGGUUAGCGGUGACGCUUCCGAAGCUGCUCUGCUGAAGUGUAUGGAGCUGGCCCUAGGAGACGUGAUGAACAUCCGCAAGCGCAACAAGAAGGUGUGCGAAAUCCCAUUCAAUUCCACCAACAAGUACCAGGUGUCGAUUCAUGAGACAGAGGACCCCAGCGAUCCGCGCUAUCUGUUGGUCAUGAAGGGUGCCCCCGAGCGUAUUUUGGAACGCUGCUCAACUAUUUUCAUUAACGGCAAGGAGAAGCUUAUGGACGAAGAAAUGAAGGAAGCAUUCAACAAUGCCUACCUGGAGCUGGGCGGUCUCGGUGAGCGUGUGCUCGGAUUCUGUGAUUUCCUGCUGCCAUCGGACAAGUACCCGGUCGGUUUCAAGUUCAAUUCGGACGAUGUGAACUUCCAGGUUGAAAAUCUGCGCUUUGUCGGGCUAAUGUCCAUGAUUGAUCCGCCGCGUGCUGCCGUCCCGGACGCCGUAGCCAAGUGUCGUUCAGCCGGUAUCAAGGUCAUCAUGGUUACUGGUGAUCACCCGAUCACUGCCAAGGCUAUCGCUAAGUCGGUCGGUAUCAUUUCGGAGGGCAACGAAACUGUUGAAGACAUUGCCCAGCGAUUGAACAUCCCGGUGUCAGAGGUUAACCCACGUGAGGCAAAGGCCGCCGUCGUACACGGUUCGGAACUCCGUGACCUGUCGUCGGAACAGCUGGACGAAAUUCUGCGCUACCAUACUGAAAUUGUAUUCGCCCGUACUUCGCCGCAACAGAAGCUGAUCAUUGUGGAGGGUUGCCAACGCAUGGGUGCUAUUGUCGCUGUAACUGGUGACGGUGUGAACGAUUCGCCCGCCUUGAAGAAGGCUGACAUUGGUGUUGCUAUGGGUAUUGCCGGUUCGGAUGUGUCGAAGCAGGCUGCUGACAUGAUUCUGCUCGAUGAUAACUUUGCUUCGAUUGUUACUGGUGUCGAGGAGGGACGUCUGAUUUUCGAUAACUUGAAGAAAUCGAUCGCCUACACGCUGACAUCUAACAUUCCGGAAAUCUCGCCUUUCUUGGCAUUCAUCCUGUGCGACAUUCCGCUACCGCUCGGCACCGUCACUAUUCUGUGUAUCGAUUUGGGCACGGACAUGGUACCUGCCAUUUCGCUAGCCUACGAACAUGCAGAGUCCGAUAUCAUGAAACGACCACCGCGUGACCCCUUCAACGAUAAACUUGUCAAUGAGAGACUCAUCUCGAUGGCUUACGGUCAGAUCGGUAUGAUUCAGGCUGCUGCCGGUUUCUUCGUGUACUUCGUCAUCAUGGCUGAGAACGGAUUCCUGCCGCUGAAGCUGUUCGGUCUCCGCAAGAGCUGGGACUCGAAAGCCAUCAACGAUCUCACCGAUUCGUACGGUCAGGAAUGGACCUACCGCGAUCGCAAGACCCUCGAGUUUACCUGCCACACCGCGUUCUUCGUGUCGAUUGUCGUCGUCCAGUGGGCCGAUUUGAUCAUCUGUAAGACUCGCCGCAACUCGAUUUUCCACCAGGGCAUGAGAAACUGGGCCCUCAACUUUGGUCUCGUGUUCGAAACGAUACUUGCUGCCAUCCUGUCCUACACACCGGGCAUGGACAAGGGUCUGCGCAUGUACCCACUGAAAUUCGUUUGGUGGCUACCAGCUUUACCGUUUAGCUUGUCCAUCUUCGUGUAUGACGAAAUUCGUCGCUUCUACUUGAGACGCAAACCAGGCGGCUGGCUAGAGCAAGAAACGUACUAUUAGGUCAACAAAUUUAUAUUUAAAAAGAUUAAUUAAACAAAAACAAAAAA